CACCGCCCGCCCCCUCUCCUGUAUUUUUAGCUGAGCAAGCCACUUCAUUUGCCGAAAAAGACAGACAGUUCUGUGCCGAAUGAUCUCACUUAAUCGCUUUAAUAAAUCAAAUCUUAUAGGCUACUGCGUAUUUGCCGUGGGCCUACAGCCAGCUGUUCCCUGGAAAUGUCUCAUAGGAUUGACAUUUGUCCCGCCGCUGUCGGAUGCUGAGUCGCGCAGUCAGCCUGUGGAUGCUUGAUGUCCAUUAUGAAACGCAAUGCUGCACUGGGUACCGAGUGUUAGGCGCAGCGCAUUUCAAAUGAAUUACGAGAAAUCAAUUUAGCUGCUAUAGUCCUGUGGUGCGGGCGGGCCAAGGUGGUCCAUCAUCUCCUCAUCAGUCCUCUGCUUCUUGUCUUCUUUUGGAUUGUGGAUAACUAGAAGCCUUCAAGACGGAGGGGGUGGUGGAGCAUCGAGGAAAAAAUAGGGGCAAUAUGAAAGAGCGGGACUUCAUGCCCAAUAUGGAGAGGGGCAAACCUGCUACUUAUACGGGGGACAAAAAGGCUAAGAUGGCUGCUAAGACUAACAAGAAGUGGGUGAGACUAGCCACUGUUUUUGCAUAUAUAUUGUCCGUGUCCUUAGCAGCCAUUAUCCUGGCAAUUUACUACAGCCUGAUCUGGAAACCAACCAGUGCAUCCUCAUCUGCGGGGAAGACGGGAGUGCCCGGGGAGGUGACCCCCACCGCAAACAUCUCAACAAAUAUUUCAACAAGCAACAAUGUCUCAGAGUGGAACUCUACACAGACUGGGCUUCUACCUCUCAACCAGACCAGGCAGGGCACAGCCCCGUACAGUCAGGCGUUUCAGUGGGAUGACAGGGUCGAGAGGGUGGCCGUCUCUCCACACGGUGCUGAAGCCAAAAAUGCGCACUUGCAGCAGGAAAAAGGACUCUACGCAUCUUCCCACGGUCACGCAAGCGCGGCAAGCUCGGGCAAUGUGGGGAAACAGACACGCGCGUCUCAACCUGGAGUGAGCCACUACAUGCCGUCAAGCACCAGGGAGUCUGAGGACAAGAAGGAGAGGGAGACGCAGAGACUGAGCGACGGGGCGAAUGACCACGGCGACCCAGACCAGGCGGCUGCAGAUGCUGCCACUGUUCCUCCGCGAAGAGACAAGCUAGCCUGAGAGGAGACUGAUCUGGCCGCAUCCAGGCCACCACACCCCCCCCUAACACAUAAACUGACCCUAGAAGGAGUGUUUUACAGAAUCAGUGCCGCAGGUCGGAUAACACACAUGUUUUGACCGUAACAUUUUGCAGAGCCUUUUAAUGGAUGCUUAACUGCAUAUGUUAGGCUGACACUCUGAACCCUCAUGACAAAGAAAAGAGGAGACCUCGCUUCUUCAGUGAACACUGUUUCCCCUUCAACACUAACUAUGCGUUUUAUUUUGUUUUAGGCCAUUUGUAUGCCUUAAAUCAAUGUGUGUCUACUUGACCUCGGAUAGCUUCUGAGGCCACUAACCUGCCUGUGCGCGUGGACAACGCUGGUAUAGCUAUUUUGUUAAAAGAAUAGGGCACGGGGUCCGGAGAUGCGUUUUUAUUUCUCACAGGCAUACAGCGCUUAUAACAUCACUGCCAUUCCUCAGCCGGUCUAAAUCAAUACUGCAUUUUAGCAUUUUAGCUUAGGCUGUAUUUUCUUUUCAUGGAUCAAACCUGGAUUCCAAAUAGAAGAACCUGCAUUAAUGAGUUAUGCUCAGGUAUGUGCAUAUAACCAUGUAAAUGUAUUGUGUUUUUAGUUACAUUUAGGGCAGGCAUAGGCUACAUCUUUUGGGCCUUGAUAAACUUCUGGUGUAAUAAGAUGAAUUUUUAUUAAAGGUAGUAGUAUAAAAGGUAUAAAUAACAUCAUCACAACGUACAAAUGAACAUCCUUAGAAAAUGAUUAAUUUUUAUGGUUUUUAUAAUAGAUCUAUGUAAACCAUGAAAUGAUAGCUGCCAUUAUCCUGUAUGUUAAAGAUAUUUUAUUUAUUCAGAGCCAGAAUGGAUAAUAUAUAUUCAAAUAAAUGUUGGGUUUUUCCUAACAACUCACGUUUUAUUUCAAAAAUAAAAUACAGAUGGAUUUAAAGGUACUGUAGUUCACUUCAGGCUAUUAGUUAAGUAAGGUACAAUGUGCAAAACCCAAAUUCUUUGAUUGAUAUGACGAGGUAGGUUUGACAGAAAUAAUAACUGUGCGAGUACAAAGAGCACUCUGUUUAUGGACAUCCUUGUAAGCUGGACAUUUAAUCAAAUCAUGCCGGUGGCACUUUAAUAACCUGAGUGAACUGACCAGAGCGUGAUCAGAGGGACUGUCAGCUUCUCGUGCAAAGAGAAGCAUUCAUCUCCCAGUCCGCCACAGUUCAGUCGCUGCAUCUCUCACAGAAACCACUUCACACAGUCACAUGUGGGGAACUAUGAAGUAGAAAUAAGACCAACCGACUUUGUGCACCCUCUCAGCAGCAUGUGAGGGAGGUGUAUCGAUUUGAGAGCUCUGUUGUUGUGCUGUUCAAAACAGAGAAGAACACAUUACACAAUACCGCUUGGUGCUAUUUUUGAUCCAACUCUCUCUCAAAAGGAGGACUGUUUGGUGUAUAUUCUAGCAGUGAAAUAUCACGUUGAAAAUAAAACCACUUGGUAUCUGCUGAGCAGCCUGUCUCAGAAAUGUUGCACUGUGAUGUAAACAGAUGAUGACAAGCACAGUUGUAAUAAUAUGACAGAUUUUCAGAACCAUUGCCAACCUAUGUGUCUGGUGAGCUAAACAGGGAUCUCCAUUCAUCAGGGAAGACAGCACAAGACACAAACAGACCAUCAUCACAGCAUUAACCAUACAGAGUCCAUAACAGUUACGGGCCUGUCAAAGCUGCAGUGGUCUGUGUAAAUACUAUGGCUUCUUGUGAUAUAUUAGAGGAGUAAAGUCCAACCUUCUGAUGUA